UAGAAUUAUUCCACGACGUCAACGGCUCUGGUCUGAUUAUUUUCGCCUGCAUACAAAGAUUGAAGUUUAGAACCUGGUUCGGACUCUUCGGAAUUUUUGAAUUCGAUUUCUGAGAACUCGCCAGAUCAGAUAUAGGAAUACAUAUCUUCAUUUACUCCUAAUUCUUAAUCAAAACAUACUUGGAGUUUGGAGUGAUUUCAUACUUACAGGAUAAGGCGAUAGUAAAACACCCCACACUUUGUCACCGAACAUCCCACACUUAAUUCCUGGUUCGCGAACGCAAGGAGAUACAUACAUACCCACAUACCUACAAACCUACAUACCUACAUACCUAUCUAGACAGACGAACCGACAGAAUAGCUUUACGCAAAAUUCAUUACAACUAUCGUUCAAAGAUCUACCUUGCAUAGGUAUAAUUCUUCAAUAUGCCUUUAGGAAUCAAUAAUCCGCUUCCUUCGUCUAUGGCGUCGGAAUGCAAAAAGUGUGGAAAGAUUUUGUCCUCAUUUAUUGAUCCACGACAAGCUUUCGGACCAGAUAAGAUUAUUCCACCACAUGUUCUCGCGCAAGCAAAGGGCCUCGCAAUCGUGACAGUUCUUAAGGCUGGUUUUAUCGGUUCCGGUCGUUACGGUAAUGGUGUCGUUAUAGCUCGUCUUUCCGAUGGUUCUUGGUCCGCACCCUCAGCAAUUGGUAUCGGUGGCGGCGGAGUGGGUGGACAAAUCGGUUUCGAGCUUACAGAUUUCGUUUUCAUUCUCAAUGAUGCUGCAGCCGUGCGCACCUUCUCUCAAGCCGGUUCUCUUACAUUGGGUGGAAAUGUCAGUAUUGCCGCUGGACCAAUAGGACGAAAUGCCGAGGCAGCCGGAGCUGCCAGUAUGAAGGGUGUAGCUGGUGUUUUCAGUUAUUCCAAGACAAAGGGACUCUUUGCCGGUGUCAGUCUCGAGGGAAGUGCAAUUAUCGAGCGUAGAGAUGCGAAUGAGAAACUAUAUGGAAGAAGAUUCACAGCCGCUGAAUUACUUGGAGGCGCAGUUCGAGCACCACCAGCAGCACAACCUCUUAUGAAUGUUUUGAAUUCGAGAGCUUUCGCGGGUCAGAACCCCGAUGAUGGGAUUUAUAACGAUAGCCCUGUUUAUGACGAACGUCACGAUGAUGUAGUUUGGGAAGGUAGGAGAGGAAGUGCAUAUGGAGAAGGUACACAGAGAGAUCGAGGCGCAAGUUUAGGACAUAGUGACGAUUAUGUCAAUCCAAAUCGUCCUCAAAGAGCAAGUACAUGGGCCGAUGAUAUAUACGACAGACCAACCAAUGGAAGCCGGGCUAGAUCCGGUAGCGGAUUUGAUGAUGAUUAUGUGUAUUCUGAUAGUCCCCGUGCACCUCCAAGUCAAUUUGGUGGUAGUGGAAAACCAGGACCAGGUAGACCUGCCGCGCCGAAACCGAAAUUUCAACCAAAGACAGCUAGUUUGAGAAGCAAUGAGGCGGUUGCGCAAUUCACAUUUGAUGCAGAUCAGCCAGGAGAUUUGGGUUUCAAGAAGGGGGAUGUUAUUACGGUAACAAAGAAGACUGAGAGUACUGAGGAUUGGUGGACUGGUACCCUCAACGGACGAUCAGGUAUCUUCCCCUCGAAUUAUGUCAAGAUGAGGGAGUAAGUUUUGUCAAUGGAACACGGGCGAGAGUCAUUUCCUACUCAACUUCGCAUUUUAACACGCUUUUAACCUCGACGGCCGGGACAAUACUCUUGAUUCGUUUCUGGCAUAUCCUUAUUUCAUAUUCUAAAUUAUGGGAGUUCUCGGAGGUUUCAUUUGCAUUUCUUAGGGGUUUUUAUACUCAUCUCUAUAUCUAUCUGUUUUGCUAGCGAGUCCAUUUCUAUAUUCUUUGACUUUUUUCAUUUCUCCUGUUUUUCUUGUACUUUUGGGAAGUACAUGGUUGUGGAUAGAGCUUGGGCUCAGGCUUUAGGAUGCGGGUGAAAAAUUUGCGAAACAAAGAGCACGGCGAAGGAAAUCCCUUGGUACAUAGUGAUGAGCAGAAUUAUGAGUAGGAAAUUCGAAUGUGAAUAUAGGAUUGAAGAGAUGAAUUGGGGAAGAGCUUUUCUAGGGUGAAACGGUUAGUUUGGAUUGGGGUUUGCGAAAUAUGAAUUAAAAAGUGGUAAUUACAUGAUCUUUUGUGGGUUAUUGACAUGUGAACAUAUGAGGUCGGGAGGUGGAGUU